CAAAGCUACAUAUUUCCACCACAACGUCUGACUUUGAGCCGUUGCCUCUCAUGACUCUUUCUGCAAACAUGUCGGGAUAUAUUAAUGUUGGUGUCAGCUAACAGACCGUUCUCAUAAGACUUCUCCCUCUGAAUCAUAUAGGUCUUCAUUACCAAAUCUAACAUAAGUCAGUACAUCCCUCCAAAGGAAACCUCACUUUAAGCCUCAGGCCAAGAUGUGACCUGUUUGGUGGAUUAAUGAUUGUUACAUAUGAGGCACACGGGGAUUUAAAUGUAGGAGCCUGGAGAUACACAAAUCAGUCUUUGACUUUAAGCACAUUUAGAGGACAUACUGUUGAUAUUCUGCACCAAAAUGAGAAUUAAAAAGGGUCAUGUCAUUUUACGUUAACCUGGAAAAACUUUGGUUUCAUGUUUUAUUAUCCAGGUUCCUAAACAUCUGAGAGACCCUAGCUGCUUCCCACUGCAGAGCGAACAAUGGACAGAACGGCACCAAGCCGCCCAGGAUGUCCUGCCAUCUACCAAAAGAAAACCACAAAAGCUAACUUUGGGACAGUGACCAGAGUCACUGUUGGUAGAAAACAAGUGAACAAACCAAAUAAAACUGUUUUACUUGUUGGUGAAAAAGGAGCAGGAAAGUCUGCUCUGAUCAACGCUCUGUUCAACUACGCCAUGGGAGUGAGGUGGCAGGAUGAGGCCUGGUAUCGGAUCAUAGAAGAUGGAGGUCAAAGUUCAACGUCGGAUGUGAUCAUGUAUGAGAUCUUUGAUUCUGAGAAUAAAACUCUGCCCUACUCUCUCACCAUCAUCGACACGCCUGGUUAUAGAGACACAGACGGACUUCGACAUGACGUCAUCAUCAAUCAAAGAUUGUUUGACUUGUUCCGGUUAGAAGACGGGAUCCACGAGGUUCAUGCGGUUGGUGUGGUGAUGAAAGCAACAGAAACGAAAAUGAGCGACCAGCUGUCAUACGUGUCUGAUUCAGUGAUGUCUCUGUUUGGAAAAAGCUUGGAGAAAAACACAGUGGCACUCAUUACUCACUCAGGUAGAACAACACCUAGCAUUUCUGUCAAGGGUCUUCAGGCUGGAGGAAGUCAAUGUCCUUACUUCAUAUUCAAUAAUCGUCAGUAUGAGGCCCGAACAGAGAAAACUAGCACAGACCUGGAAGAAGCAUGGAGCCUGACAGAGAAGGGGAUGAGCCAAUUCACAGCUUUUCUUCAAAAGGUCUCAGCUCAGCAGCUGCAGGUCGCAGUCGGCUUUAACUCAUUCAUCAGAUUGACAGCUUCCAUCCAGAACCUGCAGGAGAAAAUCAAACUAACUGAACUGAAACAGAAAGAAAUCAAGCAGAUUCAAGAAGCUAUGAAGAAACACAAAGAAGAGAUGAGGUUUAACAAGAAGUUAAUUGUGGAGGUAGAUGAAGCCUACAAAGAUAAAGAACUUAUUGAAGGUGAGGCGUCUUUCUUUAAAGCAGCUGUGUGCUGCACCGUCUGUGAGGAGAACUGCCACUUUCCUGGAUGUACGAUGGCCCUGAGCCCUGAAGAGUGUGAGGUCAUGAAAUUAGCAUCCUGUACUGUUUGUACUGGGAGAUGUCCUGCAUCAAAACACGUUAAAGGCAACUGGAGGUAUGUGACCAAGACGAGAAAAGUUGAGAGAACCAGGGAGGAAAUAAAACAAAGAUAUUUCAAGAGUAAUUCAGACACAAAGGAGACAAACCUUACAGAAACUCUAGUGAAGGAAAUGGAAAACCUGAACAGAAAGAAGGGAACUUUGAUAGAAAAGUCUUAUCAAUGUGCCAUCAAAUUGGAUCCAACUCUCCUCAAAGUGAAUUCAGUUUCCACAUACAUCAAUUUGGACUUCCUGAUCAAGAAGAUAAAGGAUGGCGGAGACACAGAGAAGGUCCAUAAACUAGAAAUGAUAGACAACCAAAUGGAUGGAGGAGCCAAAUCAGUCAUUGGAUGCCAGGUUGACAGCACAUCCAUACAACAUAUAAUCUGUAACAGUGAUGUCAUCAGCCCAGGAACUCCGGUUGUCUACCAGCUUAGAACAAGAAAAGAGACUGUUGAGACCCUGACCAGAGUGACCUUUGGUAAGAAAAAACAGAGCAAGCCAAACAAAACCAUCCUGCUUGUUGGAGAAACAGGAGCAGGGAAAUCUACUCUGAUCAACGCUCUGGUCAACUACGCCAUGGGAGUGAGGUGGCAGGAUGAGGCCUGGUAUCGGAUCAUAGAAGAUGGAGGUCAAAGUUCAACGUCGGAUGUGAUCAUGUAUGAGAUCUUUGAUUCUGAGAAUAAAACUCUGCCCUACUCUCUCACCAUCAUCGACACGCCUGGUUAUAGAGACACAGACGGACUUCGACAUGACGUCAUCAUCAAUCAAAGAUUGUUUGACUUGUUCCGGUUAGAAGACGGGAUCCACGAGGUUCAUGCGGUUGGUGUGGUGAUGAAAGCAACAGAAACGAAAAUGAGCGACCAGCUGUCAUACGUGUCUGAUUCAGUGAUGUCUCUGUUUGGAAAAAGCUUGGAGAAAAACACAGUGGCACUCAUUACUCACUCAGGUAGAACAACACCUAGCAUUUCUGUCAAGGGUCUUCAGGCUGGAGGAAGUCAAUGUCCUUACUUCAUAUUCAAUAAUCGUCAGUAUGAGGCCCGAACAGAGAAAACUAGCACAGACCUGGAAGAAGCAUGGAGCCUGACAGAGAAGGGGAUGAGCCAAUUCACAGCUUUUCUUCAAAAGGUCUCAGCUCAGCAGCUGCAGGUCGCAGUCGGCUUUAACUCAUUCAUCAGAUUGACAGCUUCCAUCCAGAACCUGCAGGAGAAAAUCAAACUAACUGAACUGAAACAGAAAGAAAUCAAGCAGAUUCAAGAAGCUAUGAAGAAACACAAAGAAGAGAUGAGGUUUAACAAGAAGUUAAUUGUGGAGGUAGAUGAAGCCUACAAAGAUAAAGAACUUAUUGAAGGUGAGGCGUCUUUCUUUAAAGCAGCUGUGUGCUGCACCGUCUGUGAGGAGAACUGUCACUAUUCUGGGUGUACUAAACUCCCCAAAGACUGCGAGGUGAUGAAAGAUGGCCGCUGCACUGUUUGCUCUUCAAAAUGUCCCGUAUCUGUUCAUGUGAAAGGAAAGUGGAGAUAUGUGACAAGAACAAGGAAAGUUCAGAGGAAUAUGGAAGACAUAAGGAAAAGAUCAAAAAUACAAAGACGUUUGAGCUUUUUAGAAAGUUUUAAGGGUGAGAUCACAAAUCUGAAAGCAGAGAAAUCUAAUUUGCUUGAAGAGUGCUUCCAACAUGUUGUCAAUCUGGAGCAGAUUGCUCUUAAAGUUAAUUCUGUGUCCACAUUUGUCCACUUGGACUUCUUGAUUGAUAAGAUGAAAGAAAAUGGAGAAACAAAGAAGGCCCAAAAGCUAGAGGAAAUAAAGAAAAAGGGAGAUGAAGGAAUUGGCUCCAUAUUGAAGUACAUGUGGGGGAAAUUGAAAAUAAAGUGAAAUAAGAGCCAAGCAGCCAUCUGGGAACAUCUGACUCUGAUUUGAUUAUAUCUGUAUUAUAUUUUUCAAGUCUCUGGAUAAAAUGAGCAAAAAUAUGGAGACUGAUACAUGAAACUGUCAGAAAAACCUUCAUUAGGCCAUUUCUAAUAAGUUGAUAAGGGUUUAUGGUUGUAAUCUGAUCCACCACAAUGUCAGUAAAAUACGAGAUGUGUGGAUUUCCAAAUAGUUUUUCUUUAUAUUUUUCACCUCUGUGGGCGGCUUUAUGUUUAUACAACAAUGUGUACACACUCAGGAUGGUUAAACCUGCCUUUGAAAGUUGCCAGGAAAAUAAUUUGUUAGAGUCCAUUGUGUGUCAAGAGUAAGGUUUGGUGGAGGCAGGAUUAUGAUGUGGGGAGCACACUUAGCCUCCCCUGUGAAGGAACUUGACUUGCAAAGAGGCAUGAACUCAAGAAAGCUUUUAUGAGAAAAUGAGGACAGGUGGACGCCCUUGUUAUGAACAAUGGACCAGAACAAUUGGAAGAAAAGUGGACGAAAUGGACAAUAUUCAAGACAAAAGACAGCAACAACAAAUAGAGAAAGAACCGGACAAACUGGACGGGACAAAGGUCAAAGUUUCAUGUUAUGUAAUGUGAAUUGUUCAUAUAUGUUAUGAAAAAUGCUAAUAAACGGUUAAAUGAGAAAAAAACAAUAACCAUACAGGAGUAAACCAAAAUAAAUAAUACAGAACAAGAUGGUCAUUACAGAACAUGUAAUGGUUUUAGCAUUUAACACUGAUUUUAAGGACCCUGUAUAUUCAUGAAAAUCUCACCUUAUAUGAAAAUGAGAAAAUCUGCAAGUCAAGGUUUGUUCCAGAAGUUUGGUGGUGUGAAUUCAUGACUGUAGUACCAUGAAAGGCUCUGUAGUGGUUAACCCGUUCUCUCUGUAUUUGGGCUGCAGUUCAUCUUAUGAACUUAUUUACAUUAAUUUCACUUCAUUCUUUUGCUAUGACAACUUACUUUUUUGUGUUCAAUUAACUCAAAACUUUACA